CUCUCUCUCUCUCUCUGUUAGACAUACAAAAAUACAUAGGGGUAGCCUUUAAGUGUUCUUCUUUGGUCUCAAAAUGCAAGUGUCAUUGAGCAUCACACCUUCUAACUUCCCUUCUCUCUCCCCAUUCCACCAAACCACCACACACCCACCUUCCAAACUCCUCUCAACCCAUCAAAAACCAACACACAACCACUCACUCCACACCCAUUUUAGCCCUCUACAUGCCGCAAAAGGAUCUGGGUUUUUAUCUGCAAUUGGUCGAGCAAUUGAAGAAGAAGAGUACAGAAAAGCCCGGGCUGAGGUUAAUCGCAAAGCGGUCGAUUUAGAAGGGUAUUCAAUUGAGGGGCUUUCGAUUGGUGGGCAUGAAACCUGUAUCAUUGUUCCUGAAUUGAAGUGCGCGUUUGAUAUUGGGAGGUGUCCCUCAAGGGCUGUUCAUCAAAACUUUUUGUUUAUUACUCAUGCUCAUCUUGAUCACAUU